UGGCCCCUCUCCGGUCUCGCAUGAAGGUGUGGGGCUGUCUCCCCCUGUGAAUGUGACAUCCAUCCAUCAUCAUUCGCAUGUCACACCUGCCCCGUCGUCCCUACCUGGGCAGCCCGUUGGCGGGUUCAUGUUCAAUGUGGGGACAGGAGAUGAGAAUGGCCUCAGAGAGCAGCUGUGGCGGCGGGCAAUGGCCAUGGCUGGACUCUUCGUCGUGUUCGAUGUUCAGCAUGGACAGAUCCAGCUCAACGGGUUCGUUGUGUCUCCUACACCCUCUUCACAUGACAUCGGCAAUCACGAUGCUCCUCCAUGCUUGUCACCUGUGACACCUACGUCAGGCGGCCAGACUGUGUCACUCUCUCACGAAAUUGGAUGUACCACUCCUCCGCCUCAUAUGGGCGUUAUGGACCGUCCAGAGGGCCAACCACGGUGUUCCAAUUCUGGCAGCAGCAGUGGGGGGGCUCAGGGAGUGGAGCAGGAACCUGAUAGUGAGUACAUCAUCAAUCGAUUAAUUCGAGACGUCGAAGGCGGUACAUUUCCAGGGAGCAAUUUUGGUGUGGAUGCCGGUGACAGGCAACAGCGACCUCCGCCCACCCCGCCUGCAGGGGCAUCUCCCUGUGAAGGUGACAAUCUCGGCCGUGCUUCUGGCAGUCCGAAUCCCAUUGCAGAUAAGUCUGGUACCCAGCGCAUUCCCUCGCCUGCCGCGAAAAGAGGUGGGGCACAAACACAAGCGAGAGGCGGAUCUUCUAGAGGAAGCCCAUCGCCGGCGGAGAAGAACUUGGAGCGGUGGGGUGAGGAGGAGACAGCGGUCCUUUGUAGGAUUCGCAAUGAGGUUAAACAGCUGAUGGGUGAUGAGACGGAGGCGUUUGGGAGGGCUCGUAUAAAGGCCGGGUUUUGGAAGAUGGUUGCGCAGUGCAUGAACGAGAAAGGACUGAUUCGAACUCACGAUCAAUGCAAGAACAAGUUCAAUCAGGUUGACUUCUACAGGAGAUUGAACUUCAAAGGAGCAGCGAGAGGUGACGGGCAUGACGCCACCUACGGCGGUGAUGAAGACCCUGGCGGGAUUGACGGGAGAGCUUCGCAAUCUGAUGGAACACGGUCGACUCCUUUUGACACCACUGUAGGCAAACGCAAGAGAGCUGCCACCAAUGCCCGCGAUUCCAGCUUGGGGGCUAUCACCGGGGCAAUGAGGGACCACACUGUGGCGUUGACACGUUCAGAUCGUGAGUGCAUGAAGAUGCGCUGUGAUGCGACCCCUGACGUCGCACGACAGCAGGAAGUCCAAAGAGAAACUAUGCAGCAGGACAUUGCCUCCCGUGAACGUGUUGUGAAUAUAAUGGGGGACAGGGUUGAGAAGGUUUACAUGGCCAUAGCCGAUGCCAUUUGCAGUCUCCGUGGUCCGGACAGAAGGCCGCGUGAUGGGGCCAGCCAUUUGAACGUUCCCGAUUAGUACAAUUAUCGGUCGUGUAUUUUUAACGAUGUUAGAGUACCACAACAACGGGAUAGCUUUUUUUGUGCAUGCGACCAGUUGGGGAGGUGUACUAUGGUCGUGGUUCGAUGCCAGAUGGGCAUCAUGUUGAACAUCUCAUUAAUGUACACUAGCUA